UCAAUCUAUUCUCUCUCCUUAUUCUAAUCCUAUUCAAUUCUCCUAACUAAAGGAAUGUUAUUGUUACGUAGUGAUGCGUACUGUCAUCAUCUUAUAUUCUUUAUAAUCUUAUGUAAUGUUACUACAGACUACACUCUACAGUAGUAGCAGUAUGUUAUCUUUCUCUCUCCUCCAAUUCCCCUUUCUCGAACCCAGUGAGAUUCAUCUGUUAAAAUGUUAAUGCUGCUUUUUCUUCUCUGUCUUCUUCUUCGAUUUUUGAAUGUCCCCCUCUUCUAUUCAAAUCUUACUUUUGAUUCCCAUAUAAACUAACAACAAAACCCAGAAUCAUCACGUGAAUUUUUUUUUUUUUUUUUUUUUUUUUUUUUUUUUGUGUUUGUUUAUAAAAAUUAAAAAAAAAAACACCCUUAAUUCUCUGGCUUAUCUUUAAGUAGUUUUUACAUAGUAUUUAAAUCUCCUACAUACCUUACUACUACCUGUUCUUUGUCUGUUUACUUAUAUUGUUGUUUUGAGAAACAAAGAAAAUGCUGGGAAACUGUGAGAAAAUGCUACUCAUAUCUUCAUCUUCUAAUGAAUGGCCACAACAGAAUAAUAAUAAUAACCAGUUAGAUGAUCCAAAAGUUAGCUUCAACAACAUGGCUUCAGUAGCAUCAAUAACAGGUACUGUUGUUGGAGAUACUACUAGUACUAGAGUUAUGGAUCACAAAGUUGCUGCAAUUGCACAAGAUCACCAGCAACAACAACAACAUCAGCAACAUCAGCAACAGUUGCAGCAACACCAGCAACAGCAGCAGAAAGCAGGAAAUCAGGAGGUAUUAAGAUGUCCUCGUUGCGAUUCAACGAAUACGAAGUUUUGCUACUACAACAAUUACAGCUUAUCACAGCCACGGCAUUUUUGUAAGGCAUGUAAGAGGUAUUGGACUAGAGGAGGUACUUUAAGGAAUGUUCCUGUAGGUGGUGGUUGUAGGAAGAACAAAAGAGUUAAAAGAUCUUCUAAUAAUAGUAGUAAUUCUUCUAAUAAUAGUAAUAUUGAAGUUUCUGUUAGUUCAGCUUCUUCUGGUGGUGGCGGUGGUGGUGGUGGAGGUGGUGGAGGAUUGAAUUCUCUUUCUUCUGGUGGACAGAUUCAUGAUUUGAUCUCUUCAAGUUCAAAUCAUGUUAAUCAUCAUCAUAAUCAUCCUCUGUUUUAUGGGUUACCCACUAAUCAUUCAGCUAAUUCUGAUAUUAAUUACCCAUUUUCAAGGUAUGAUCUUCAAAACCCACAUCAAAUUAAUGGUCUUGGAUUAGGGUUUUCAUCUGGGUUAGUCCAAAAUAUGGAUAAUAUGAAUAUUCAUCAUAAUCACCCACAAAAUACUAAACAAAUUUUCCAAGAUUUGAUCUCAUCAUCAGCAAAUAACCCUAUGCUUUCAAACUAUACCAAUACCACUACUACUACCACUACAACUUCACCAACAAUAUCUUCUCUUUUAGCUUCUAGUAUUCAUCAAAUGAAAGGAGCUAAUAAUAAUUUUCAGACAUUAUUACCCUCCUAUGAAGAUGAUCUUCACAUGAAAGGAAAUGGCCAAAAUGGGAUGUUUAGGAAGGAAGUCAAGAUGGAAUUUGAGGGGCAAAAUAGGUCAUUCACUACUAAUCAUCAUCAUUGGAAUAAUAAUAACCCUUCUAAUCAAAAUCAUCAGAUAAUGGAUCCAAACAUAAUGUCAUCUUCAUCUGAUCCAUCAAUUCUUUGGGGUACUUCAGGACCUAAUCUUGGUGCUUGGCUUGAUCCUUCCAACAACAAUCUUGGGUCUUCAGUUCCUUCUUUAAUCUGAAACCCUCAAAUCAUCAUCAUCAUCAUAAUCUCCCUCUUUGUUGUUCAUCCUAUCAAAAAAAAAAAAACUAGGUCUUUUUUUUUUUUUUUGCUUUUUUUCCAAGAUAUGGGAUUUAUAUAUGGUCCUUGGUGAAAGUUUUAUUACCACAUACAAGGGGAAAACUAAUGGUAUAUUGGAGAUAUAUAAGACCAGUGAAGGGAGGAGUUCGGAUCGGCGCGUUCAUGUCAGCAGCAUCAGCAGCUAGUUUGGUUAGGUUGAGCCACUCAUUUGCGCUGAGAGGAACCUCGGAUCCGAUCUUUAUCCUCCUAUAAAGAAGAUGACAUGUAUGGAAGUUCGUCAUUACCAACAUUAGAAGCACAAUGUGGCUGGAACAAGAGAGUAUUAUUAUUCACUGGUGGUGCCAUGGGAGAGGUAUACUUUGAUGGAUUAUGCAACUUAUAAAGGGUUAGUUCCCAAAUUAUUUGUGAGUUUGGGUUUUCUUCUCUUGGUAUAUGUAUAUAUAAAUGCAUGAUGACAUUAUUAUGCUCUACAUUUCAUUGUUCUUUUCUUAACUAAAUGAGUUUUUGUUGUUAAGUUAGAUGGGUUGGGGUAUAUGGUAGAGGUCCUCAGUUUAGGACAUUAGAUGAGGAACUGAUACAUUAUUUUCCAUUUUUCCUUUGUAACUUCAUUUUCUUACUUUCUUUUUUUUUUCUUACUUUUGUGGGGGAAAGGUUUGGUAUAAUGGUAUAGUAAAAGAGGGAGAUUGGUUAUUCAAUGUGGUUGUUUUGUUAUUUGAACUUUUGGCUUGAGAUUUCCUUGUUUUUGUUUAUUAAUUAGUAAGUAUCAUGGUAUAAUUUGUUUCUUUUCUCAAAUCAAUAGCAUAAUUAUUAAUGCAAAUUUUUAUGUA